AUGAUUCAGAAUAUAUCUGAAACACAGUCGAGGUCUCCAGGACCCGUCCAAUCACAUCAACCAGUUCCAAAAUAUAAUACAGACCUGCUCGAGACAAAGAAUAAACGAUUCCUUCCAAUCAGAAAAAUAGGAAAACCUAUUCCUUCAUUGAACGAGAUACGAUAUUCCUUCAUCGAACAGGAUACAAUUUACAGAAUCUCACAUAUCGAUUUUCCUUCAUUGAACAGGAUAAAAUUUACAGAAUCUACAUAUAGGUCUCUGCGGAGGCGGGUUUUUAUUCUUUCAUUGAACGGGAUAACUGCUCUUCUUCCCUGGCCAGAAUCGCAGAAUCGCAGGUCUCCGGCCAGAUUAACAGAAUCGCAGGUCUCCGGCCAGUUUCUUCCACAGAUAACUGCUAUUCUUCCCCAGGUUUCAAGAUCGUUGCAGAACUCAGAUAACUCAUUGUUAGUUUCAAUUUCUUGUGUUUAUUGGCAAAACAAUCUGCUUACCAGGUCCUUGAUGCCAACAAUGGCCAUGUACGGAGUACCGCAAACAUCAAGGAUACCUAGUAUUGCUGAAAAUACUUCAUUGUCUCAAGGUCAUACAGUUUGAUGUUCUAUAAUUCAGCAGGUAGAAGAUUUCAUAAUGAUGAAAAGCUGUGAAAAUCGUUUGAAGACCAUCAUUCGUCUGGAUUAGUUAUAUAAUGACAUUAGCUAUUUAGUUCAAACAAUAUAAGUUUAGUUAUUGUGACAUCAAUAUUUUUGAUUGGUGCUUCCUUUAAUUUCUUAAGAUUUAAUGAGAUAUAUAUAUUUUUUUAAAUUAAUAUUAAUAUAUUUUCUUA